AUGGCCGCUCCUAUCGUCGCGCUUUUGGAGUCUCUCGGGCAGCCUCGGCAACGCAUCUUUCGGGACGCAUUUGACGACCUUACCGAGGAAGAGUUCCGCGACCACUUCAGGCUCUCGAAGCGCACUGUGCGCUGGCUCUGCGAGCAACUGGAAGACGCCAUCGGUGGCCUUCGGACCGGUGGCAUCACGACGCAAGACAGGGUGCUUUGUGCUCUCCGUUUCUUCGCGACGGGGAGCUUCCAAAGAUCCAUCGGCAGCGAAGAAUUCGUAUCCAUGGGGCAAGCUUCCGUGAGCGAAAGCAUUCACGCAGUUGCGGAAGCAAUAACCGUGGUGGGCCGGCAACAGGGCUGGGUGAGCUCCCCGUUGACAACGGCCGGCAAGGCUAGUGCAAAGGCGGCCUUUGCGGAUCGGGGCCGCAUUCCCGGUGUAGUGGCCUGUGUCGACGGGACGCUCAUAGCGAUCAAACAGCCCGAAGGACUCAGCCCGGGCGAGACCGCGGGCUUCAUGUCAAGAAAAGGCUUCUACGCCUUGAAUACCAUGAUCGUGUGUGAUGCCCACAUGCGCAUCGUGGACAUCGAUCCCCGUUUCCCCGGAUCGUGCCACGACUCCUACGUGUGGAGGCACUCACCACUGUUAGGCCGCCUCACACGUAACCUGCGACGUGGAGAAUGGGUGCUUGGAGACUCAGGCUACCCUCUUGAGCCAUGGCUGCUGACACCUGUGCCAGGCCAUCCAGGCAUUGACACUCCGGAGGGGCGCUACAACCAGGCCCAUGCCUCCAUGAGGAACGUUGUGGAGAGGGGUAUUGGCGUCUUGAAGGCAAGGUUCCGGUGCCUUCAAAGGUACCGGACACUCCUUUAUGAGCCCAAGGAUGCAGCCACAAUCGUAGCAGCCUGCGCCGCUCUCCACAACAUUGCUUUGAAGGCAGGGGAGCCGGAGCUGCAGGACAGUGAUGAGGAGGCCGAGGACAACCAGCCACCGCUGCAACAGGGCUUGCCUGUGUCUCAAGGGCACCACACCUGCCGGCAAGAAACGCCCAGAGAGCUGCUGAUGAGGGCAAAGCAGAUGAGGAGCCAGGUUGUCAACCUGUUCUCUGCGGCCCCUAGCUGGCGUACCACUCACCUGCGUGUGCUGCAUCGUCGGCUGAGGCAGCAACAUCAGGCUCAUCGCGCGGCUCAACCGUAAAGCCAGGUGAGUUCUCCAACAUAGGCGUGAAAAGGCAAACCUCAUAAUGCCAUUGAAAAAUUGAAAUGGUCGCCCUUGAUAAAAAGGAUGCAAGGCAUUUUCAAAAAUAUUUGUUUUGAUUAAUACUGAAAUCUCCAUUGCGGAUUUUCACAGGGUGUGUCACAGUAACAAAAGGUUUAGAAACAGUGGAAGAGAGACGUUAAAAAAGUGUUGCUGGGCAACUUAGUUCCUGAUGGGAACGCAAAUUCCAGGAGAAUACAAAAAACGGCACAAGCACCUGAGCGGGUGUGCUGCUGCAUCUCUUUUCCGGGUUCUUUUUUCUUUUGUAAUUUUAUUCUUAAAUAACUAGAAACACAAAAUACAAAAUGACACUGUUAUAACAGGGAAUUGUGAAAACAAAACAGACAGAGGUAGGUUUUGCACGAAGACAUGUCGUGCCAUUUCGACAUUUUUGUCCACCCCUGUAGCCAGCUGGGUAGCUAGAUUGAAACGUCACAAGAACAUUUCAUUUCACACUGCAACGGGCACAUUGUUCAUGUAGUAUAUUCAGCCAGCAUGGAGUAAAGCCAAGACAUGGUGUAGCUCAAGGAAAUGGUAUUACUUUAAUGUACUCCAUGGUUUCAACUUUGUAAACAUCCUCGUGUCACAAAAAAAUACAGAUAAAUGUCAGCCGCUACAUGUUCUGCAUUCAGGUACACCCCAUAUAAUACAACAUAUCUGAAGUAGUAACAGUGACGAAAUAUGUCACAAUGAGCUGGACUAACGUGCUGCUGUAGCAGGAAGCCUGCAGGACGUGUGUAUGUCACAUAUCACAGCACCUUGAACUACUCUUCAGUAUCAGGUACAGUAAUGCACUCCAUAGCUGUAGCUUAGCAUAUAUAAGGUUACAUGGAAGUAGUAGCAAAAAAAUAUCACAGCAGGAGCCUAUGUGGCUAGCCAGAAGUGCUUCAUGUAACACUUAUUACCCUCUCAUUAUAAAAGUGGUAAGCAUACAAAUAAAAAGCAUCAUGCAAGCCUGACUAGCAUUCUGUACUUCGAUAUAAAUGGCAGGAAUAACAUGACCUAGUUGAAAACAAUAUGACUAAUACUGUUUUUCUCCACGUACAAGGCAUCAGCUGUUAGCUGGAGAAUCCCCAUCAGGCGCCAAAUCAAGAGUUAGCUUCACUAUAUGUAAUGUGUAACACAAUUCUAAAGCAGCCAUCUAGUGAUUUCAGGUAGACACUGGAUAUGGAACCUUGCAAGAAAAAAAAUUGGACCUCAGUGCAACAACACAGAGUACAGAAAGAGCAACGCUAGCAUGACUGCCACCUAACUCAUAUGACUGAAACACCCUAAACAUAUUAAUGAUACUUGCUAAAAAAUACUAAAACAUACUAACGAUAAAGUUACAAAAAUAGUAUGCAAUUUCUCGUGCACAUAACGGAAAUAAGGUAACUAUUUAAUUUCUGCUACCUUCGAGUAACAUCUCAAAGUUUAGAGAUCACUAAAAAAAUAUUUAAAUGUACAAAACAAGAUCAAAGUUAUAAUGAACGAAUAAUAAUGAAUAAUAAAAAAAAUACAAGUAAUAAAUAAUAAAACUUCAAAUUUUCUAUUGCCUCCUUGCAGCCACUGCCUCCUGCAUUAGCUGGCCCAAGAGCUGCGAAAGCUGCCCUACUGGCCGCAGUGCCUCCGCUACUUGGUCAGCCUGCCGCUCCACAGCAGCCACGACCCGCUCAGUAGCUGCAGCCAGCCGGUCUACGCCCUGGCGGAUAAC